AUGGCGACAGCAGCAGCAGCAGCAGCAGCGCCGCCCUCCGGCAAGGUCGCCACGCUCGUGGAGCAGCUACACGCAAACAUCGACCGCAUCCAGCAGUGCGUGCAGUCGCUCGCCGACACGGCGGCGCACGACGCCGAGAUGGACGCCCUCGCCGCGGAGCGGGAGGCGCGCGUGGCGGACCUCCGCGCCGCGCACGCGGCAGCGCUGCAGGAGCUGGCGCGGCGUCGGGCGAGCGAGGAGCAGGAGGAGCGGAGGCGGGAGGAGGCGCUGGUGGCCGAGGCGCGGCGGCGCGAGUGGGAGGAGCUGUGUGCGCGGCGGGCGAGGGAGGAUGAGGCGAGGGAGGCCGCGUGGAGGGCGAGGGGCGUGGAGCGGGAGCGCGGGUGGCGGGUGGAGGAUGGGGAGAGGGAGCGCGAGUGGGAGGAGAGGGAGAGGGUCUUGGCUGAGGGGGUGGAGGUGAGGAUGGAGGAUUUGGAGGAUCAGAUGGAGAGGAGGCUUGCGGAGGGGAAGGCGGAGCUGGGCCGGUUGGAUGAGGAGAGGAAGUCGAUCAACGCCCAGAUCGCAGCCGCGCUCGCCGCCCCGACCGUCAUCCCCGAGAUCCAGUUCCGGAGCCGCGCCAAAACCCUCAGCCGCUCCCAGCGGAACAGCGCACUGCUAUCCGCCGACGGCGACCACCCGGCCAUCUCCUCGUCGCGAGACGUCGCACCGUCUCACCCCUCCUGGAGCGCCUUGGACGUUUCUGUAGCGCCCGCACCAGAGGUCGCUCCCUCCGCGCCCCAACCGAGUGAUGCGGCGGAAGCCUCAGGGGAACGGGCAGACGAGGAUGAGGCUGGUGAGGGGGCUUCGGUCACAGACCAGCUUUUGACCGCUCUCGAGACUGAUGCUCCUGAGGAUGUGGAGGCUGUGGAGGAGGAGGUGGUGGUGGGGAGUGGAGAUGUGAAUGCUUCGUCUGAAGCGGCUGCGCGAGAGAUCCAUGCUCAGGACGCGCCGGUGGAAGUCUUGGGGGACGAAGUACCCCAGGAAGAUGAAGCUCCCCAGGAAGACGAAGUUUCUCAUGCAAAUGGAGCUCCCCAGGAAGCAACGGCCUCGGAAGCGGGAGAGAUCUCGAUCGAGCCCGUCGACUUGGACGCUAAGCGCUCUUCACCAGAGCAGCAAGAUGAAGCGGAGCUGGUGGGGAACCACGUUUCUCCAACGCAAGAUCUUGAGUUUGCGCCCGUUGAUCUGGACGCUAAGCGAGUUCCGUCCGAGACCGAGUCAGAAGCCGUACCAGCAGAGGAGCUCGAUUUUGCGCCUGUUGAUCUGGAUGCCAAGAGAACUGGACCGGCGGCCGAUGAGAAGAUCGAGACGACAAAUGUCACCGAGGAUAUUCCCCUCGAGAUCGCGAGGUCUUCAGAAGUAGGCGAGGACAUUGGCGGAGGGGCUGAGAUGUUGGAGGCCGCGUCUCUUGCUGCGAGAGAUGGAGAAGAGGCUGGUCAAGAGACGGAAGGCGAUGAGGUUCUGCAGAACGAGAAUCCCGACCUGGUUCCUACGUUCCCAGCAAGCGACGCGUCUGAGGAGCAGGAUCGGUCCAUUCCAAGCUCGCCGCAGUCCGAACAGGAACAGGAAUCUUUGCCUCGAAACCUCGAUCCUCCGACAGAAAAUGGGUCUGAAGUGGAGGAUGGCCUGGCUCGCGAGAGCGAGAGCCCGGAGGAACAAUCCGAUGAUGCAAACACGCCUUCUCUAGAGGAACUCCCGGAAUCCGAAGCCAGUCCAGCUGAGGUUGUCUUGCAAGAGAGCGACGACCACCAGCGCUCUUGGAUGUGGGUCGAAAGUUCAAACGGCGCGGUGCAGAGACAGCUGUCAGGGAGUGCCAAUCAACCUUCGUGGAUCGAGAGCUCGAAUGGUUCGGUUCAAAGAUAUGCGGAGCCCAGUCUAGCGCCCUUGGAGAAAGAGGGGGAUUCUGAGUGGUACUGGAUCGAGACGUCGAAUGGCUCGGUGCAGAGACUGUCGUUGAAGGAUGCCACCCCGUCUGGCUGGGUAGAGACGGCCAAUGGUUCGGUGCAUAGACAAUCGCAAAGUACCAUGAUUGUACAAGAGACAGCAGAUGAUUCUGAGUGGACCCAGAACGAGACUCCGAGUGGCUCGGUACAGGAGCACCCUCAAGAUACGGUAGCACCCGAGGAAGAGGAUGAAUCUGAGUCGAUCCCAAUCGAGACGUCGGAUGGUUCGGCUGAGCUGCCGGAGGGUGUCGAGGUCCAGCCAGCACGGAUCAAAAAUUCGAAUGAACCUAUCGAAGAAGACUCGAGUCCAGCGCUACAGGAGAACAAAACCCAGCUUCGAUAUUCCUGGAUCGAGACGUCGAGUGGCUCUAUACAGAGGCAGCUCCUGGAGGACGACACCCGACCUUUAUGGAUUGAGACUUCGAAUGGCUCGGUCCAAAGACAGCCGACGUUAGGGUCCCUCGAUAUGGUAGCAAUCGACGAACUUCAUCACUCCUCUCCUGCCCCAAAUGUCGAGAGAACAGACUCUCUAGUUAACAUCACUCUUGCGAAAGAAGGAGAGGUAGUUGGAGCAGAUCAGUUGACCCACGCGAACGAUCUGGUAACAGAGAAACAAUGCAGUCUCACGGUCGACUCGCCCCUGAAGGAGCACUAUCCAAAGCUUGGGAAUGGAUUGGCCAUGGUGACUAUGCAGACGAGUCUUGAUUCUCGGACAUUGCCGCCUGAAAGCGAAGAUGGAAAGAAUACGACAGAACUAGGGCAUGAGCCCCUCUCUCCUGCCGAGGAGUUGGAGGAAGAAGAAAAGCCCGGCCUCGAUGAAAUGGAACAACAAGACGUCGCCCCCGAAAUUCGCGAAACAGAUGCGACUGAGUCGGUUGAGGAAGCCGGAUCGGAGAAGGCAACAGAUUCGGAUCUCGUCCUGCCGACGGACGCGCCUUUGACGCCGCAUGAAGCCAGUCAACAGGAUACUUCCCCUCUCCAAGAUGAGGCUGAAAAAGACAUGGUUGAGUCUCUUGAAGCGGGCGAUGCGAACCACCCUGAGGACGCUUCUGUUGACAACCAGGAAACCCAGGCAUCUUCUGAAAAUGAAACUGGUCAUACGACACAGGAAACAACGCAGCUGGAAGGUUCAUCGCGCUCAACGUCCCCCGAGACAAACGACAGAGAUCCUACUGAAGUCGAACAAGCCGCUUCUCAGCCUAUCCCUGAGAAAUCCAGCACCGAGCAGGCAGGCGAUAAAUCGUCUCCCAUCAUCGAAAAACGUUCACCAAGAUCCAAAAGUAUUGCUGGGCCUGAAUUUGGACGUCGAAACACAACAUCCGGUUCGGUUUUCCGAGCCGCCGCUGCGGAAGACACCCGGCACAAGCGCACAAUAAGUUUCGACUCCACGCACUCGGUGCAAUCCGAAGAAGAGAUCUUCCACACCAACGCCAACCGCGUGAGAGCGAGCAAGAGCAUCGAGGAUCUGUAUCCUGAGCUACAGAUUCGGAAUCUGGAUUUCCGGCACUCAAGAUCUAUGAAUUUCCUUCGGCCGGCGCCGGAAGAGAAGGAUGAGAUGGAUGACCCGGAAGCAGGAGGCAAGGCGGGUACCCAUGAGCGGACGUUGGCGCUGCUUGAAUCUGGCCCGGCUCCCAGACCCAUAAUGCUCCUACUGAGAUCUAAGACGGACUUUCCCGGAACUGCUGUUAUCGAAGAAAAACCGGUGAAAGUUGAGGCAAAGGAUCAGGACCGGGAGUCUGUCGGCCAUCAGCUGAGCUCCGCGAUUACCGACGAUUCUCAACAUCCAGUCGAGGAUGCACCAAUACUAGCUAACGUUAAUGAAGAGGAGAGAUCACAGCCUGAAAAUCCUUCUUCUGUUCAGGAGAGUAUCAAAGAAAUCCCUUCGUAUGGUACCUCUGGACUAUCUGCACCUACUGAUGUUGCCAUCGACGAUACCGCGAGCAAAGACAUGUCAGCGUCGGAUAUACCUGCCCAAGCUACCACUAUCCCGAUCGGUGAAGACGAGGAAUCGAGAUCUGAGGAGACAGGAAAAGCUACUGGAGAAGUCUAUAGCAUUUCUACCGGCUCGGAUGGCCCCUCAUCAUCAGGAGACGCAGGUGUUUCCAAGACGCCAGAAAUAUCGGAAGCCAGUACAAACACCCGAGAAAACGCCCUUGGAAGCCCGUCUCUCGGAAUUUCGGUCGAGGAAGAGAUGGAUCAAACCUCGGAACAAGAGUUUCCUGCAAUCAAUGAACCGUCUGCAUCGCCUCACCUGGACCUCGAACACCCCGAUGAUCAGCGGAGAGGGUCUCGUGGGACGAAUUACGGAUCCGUGUCCGCGGCUUCUAUGCCAACGACUCCCAUUCCUGAUUCGGAUGCGCUGAUCUGGGGUGAACUGGAAUCGCAGAACGACAUGCUUGGGACGCCGCGGAGAGCGGAAUUUGGAGAUCAGGUUGGGGAAGCUUCCACCACGAAGCUAGGACAGUUGGAAGAUGAGGGCGACGUGACUGGAUCGGACAGCAUAGAGGUACAAGCUCCGAAUUCAUCGGCUAAAGAAAUUGCUGAUGAUCACUCGACUUCAUUCAGAGACUUGAACACCCUGGUGGAGCGACACUCGGUGUGUUUGGGGAGAACCCCUGACGCGGAAGACACCAAUGGAUAUAGCUCGUGGCCGCUCCCUGUCGAGCGUGGUUUAGCUACCGAGAGGCCUCGGUCGACUACACCUUCAGCCAGAUACGGUAACAGCCAGGGUCACCAUCUUGAUUUGGCCGCCCACCAUUUGACACCACUGGAUAACCUGGAGCCCAUGACUGCUUCGUCGCGCGGCGACACCUGGGUAUCUGCCGAGGAGGAGCAGUCGCCAUCCGAAAGUGGGAGAGUCGCUAUGGGCGAAGGAUGGCCAUUCCCCCGAUCUCGACACGAGAAACCUACGAUCGACAUCGAGUCUCACCGGGAAGAUGGCCACGUCGCUCGACAUGCCACCUCCGACUCCAACACCGAGAUAGAUACGGACGAUGACUGGUCUGGAGAGCUUGAACAUGAACAUCAAGUCCGUAGAUUGGAAGCCGCACAGCGUUAUGGCAGUUUGAGGCCGGCUCCAGUCGAAGACGACGAUGGAGAUGAGGACGUCGUCGAGCGUGUUGUAGAAAUUCCGGAAAGAUCGACGUCACGGCUGGGAGUCCGCCCGGAAUCAACACACCCCACUAUCGAGGGCGCCGAUUACUCAGAGGAUGAGUCUGAGGACGAGUCCGCGGAUGAAGAUUACGAGGCUCGAGUACGCUAUCCCGAAGAUGUGGCAGAUCAGUAUUUUGAGCGAGCAACCACACCUCUAGAAGUGGUUCCGGAGCAUGAGCCGCUCAAUGAGUUCAACGACACGUAUGCUGCUCAUCGAUCGUCGGGGUUCUUCUUCAAUCUUGUAGACAAUAUGAGAUCUGACAUGCCCGCCCGCAGGCGGCUUCAGGAAGACAACGCUGUUCCUCAUCAAGAGGACUUGGAAUACGCCGGCAGCCCCAUCAGAAGACCUCGUGCCGUUUCAUUCGAAGAGCCCGAGCCAGAAUAUGAUCAAGACUACACAGCAGGCCACGAAUCAUCACUCCACGUUCGCACGCAUACGGCUGACACCGUCCCGUCCUUCGAAUCAGACACUCGUUCAGAUUCUCUCCCCACUACUCCUUCCGAGGCAGGAUCCAGUGCCGUCCGUGAUGAUGUCCACGGCGGUCAUGAGCCAGCAAUUCAAGAAUCCCCCGGUCCCAACGAGAUCGGCGCGUCACCAGCGCGACACCAACCGCCCAAGGUAACCGAGUUCGGGCCAGCGCUCGAAGAUGUCUAUCCGGCUUACGCGGGUCCCAAGCCGAGCGUGACGAGUUUGAGCCGAGAAAGCGGAGAGGAAUACGAUCUCUUCCCACGCGAGACGCAGCAGCCCUGGCCGGUGAACAACGCGCGAUUCAGUCCCAUCGGCGCACAAAAUGGGCUCGAGGCUCACCGGGCGGAGAUGACGUCUCUCGGGAGCAGAAACCCAUUUGCCGCGGCGGGCGAUGUUGACGCCGCCAAGCCCAAAGAUGGCAACCCAUUCCGGCGAGCGAGUCUUGUUGUUGCCGGUGGAAGAGACGAUGCACACACAGAUGCCGCAGAUGCAGCCAGCACCACGCGAGCCAAACCUACGACGCCCUCUCGCCUCCCUCUCGCCAGCACUUUCGCCUCGCCCUCCUUCUCGUCUCCGGCCUAUGGCUCCUCGCCGACGGAGACGCCGUCCCAGUUCUCCCCCUUCCCAGCCUCGACCUCGCCGGCCUUGCCAAACGCGCGCAACCCUAUCCUGCUGGUCAACAGCAGUCCCGACUCCGUGUUUGCGAAGACGCGCCACCUGUUCGAGUCAGCCAGUCCGGUGGGAUCGCCCGGCCUCAUGCCGUCUCCCAUCACGGCCCUGAUCGCCACCAGAGGCGCGCCGCCCCCGCCGCCCCCGCCGCGACGCAGCGCGGGAAGCAGGCCCAGCUCGCUGUCCCUCUCGCAAGUACCCGAUGAACCUGCUCCCCUCGUGACCAGCAGCACCAGCAGCGGCACCGGCACCGGCACCAGCGCCCACGACCCGAGCGGCAACAACCACCACCACCACCAACACGCUCCCGCAGACGUCGAAGUGGAGGAGGAGGUCUUCCUGCCUCGCAGCCUCGACGGCAACGGCAGACCGCCUUCGCCUGUCUUCACGGCGCCGGUAUCGCGAUCCGCUUCCGUCUCCGUCUCCUCGCUGAGGGUGGAGGAGCAUCCGGUGGUAGCCAGGAGGAGUAGUAACCCUUUCCUCGGCGGCUUGAGUAGGCUCGUUGGGGCUGGGCUGGGUAGAGACGAGAAUCGCGCGGGGGGUACUGCCCGGGAACCGCUUCUGAAGAAAUGGAGCGAGGGGGAGAAUUGA